CUCAACCAGCCUCAGCUGUGACUCUGCUGUUACCGUGACGACCAGGUGAUCAGCUCACCUGGCAGCAGAGGGAAACAUUUCCUCCACAGAGACUCAGAGAGAGGACGCUCCAACAUGAGGACUGCUGCUUUCAUCAUCGGACUCUGCUUUAUUUGCUGCAAGCUUACAGAAAAAACUGUAGCUGAAGAUUUUGUCUCUUCAGGUUUUGUGGAUUCUGUUGUUCACUCCGAGUGUCGGGAUCGUUACCUGUGGAUCCAUGUGACCUCAGCUCAGACGCCUCGCUUCGAGGCUGUAGAUCAAAAUGGCGUCCAUUCCAUCAGCGAGCAGCUCGCCUCUCGCUGCGGCUACACCAUCAGCACCUUCAAGAUGGACGGCUUCACCACCUUCAGGGCUUCAUAUUACUCCUGCUUCACCGAAAACCAGGACGAUGAGGCGUUCAGCCUCAGAUUUAACGUGCUCGUCAGUGAUGCUGGGGGGACGUGGGUCAGCCGGCCGGUCUCUACAGUCUGUUCUGGUCUGACCUGGACUCACAGAGAAAUCAUCUGUGAGGAGGACUACAUGGAGGUGAACGUGAACAGAGAGUCAUCGUGUGGAGGUCAGCGGGGGAGCGGUGGAGAUGCGUGGCAUGCUGCCUUCUCUCAGGCGCAGAGGACGGCGAGUUCUGUCUGGCAGCUGAUGUUCCUGCAGAGUGACGGACAGGUGUCUUCUGUGUCCAUCAGUGAAGCCCAGAGGUGGGGCUACAGCCUGACCGCCACCGCCCGCAGGGUGGUGCUCCGCUCUCCAUACAAACCGCCCCACGCUGAGCUGACGAUGGUGGACGGCGUUUCCGUGGAGGUCGUCCGGGUGUCUCUGUUCUUUAAACAGAAACUGACGGUGAUGAUGCUCGACGUGUCCAUGGCCUGCACCGUCAAUUCUGGUUCUUUUGACGGAGCCCGGCUGCUCUGGGACGUCCCCCAGAUCAUGAGCCCUCUGGUCGGGGAGGAAGCCGGUUUCAGAAGUCAGAGCCUCAAUCUGGGGGUGGAGGGGGUUCUGCUGGACCCAUCCACUGUAGCAGACAGAGGAUUCAGCCUGGUCCAACAAGGACGCCUGGUCCAGAUUGGGGUUCCUUUUGGGGCAGAGGGCGGCUACAGGAAGAGUUUGGUGGUGAACAAUGUGUACAAGGAGUCGUAUGUGAUCUUCCUGCUGUACGAACACGUCUUCUCUCUGCUGUAUGAAGACGGCAGCAGCAUCGACACCAGACACCGAAUGCUCCGAGUGCUGGACUCCCCGCUGCUCUGCCAUCCGCCCUUCAGCCUCGACCAGACGAUAAGUGACGACGAGGCGUUCAGCGUCUACCUGGGAAACAUUCCUGCUGAUGUCACGUUGGACGGAGUCCAGAUCAACGGGAAGCCGCUGAUGAUGUCAGAGAGCAUCAGUGCCGUCGUUCACGCCAACGGCAGCCGAGCCUACGAGCUGCGGCUGCCCUUUGAGGACGCCGCCGUGGACUGGAUGUACCUGGGUCAAGGUGUGGUGCAGUACUCCAUGGCUGUAAACUUCACGCUAACCAUCGAGCCCCGGGGCGACUCCUACCACCACCACACCUUCAUCACAGCACGAGUAAUAAACACAUUCCCUCCAGAGAUUACGGCUCAGUGUUCAGACCGAGGAAUCACCUUCAGCGUGGUCAAACCGCCUCGAGCUGAGAGUCUCUGGGAGGUGGGCGUCGACAACGAGCCUCUGACAUCACAGCUGGCGGCCCAAAGAGGGUACCGCCUGGACAACAACACUCAACGGACCGCCCUGGAAGUCCCCGUGUUCUCCGUUGGAUACACCUAUGAGGAUAUCAACCUGUCAAACUUCUAUGGAACAUUUAAGCUUCUUCUUCGAGACGCCAAAACUCUGGAGGUCCAGACGUCCACCUCCAAACGCUGCCUCUUCCAAACAGAGGACAUGAUAGUCUGUUCUGCAGACGGGACCAUGACGGUGGUGACGACUCCGACCUCCACCUGGCCCACAGUGCAGCCUGAAAGAACCACACUGCUGGAGCCCUCCUGUGGCCCCAAAGAGACCGACAGAUCCAGAGUCCUGUUUGAGUUCAAGCUGGACUCCUGUGGCACCAGGGCAGUGGUGGGAGAGUCGUACGUGUUCUAUGAGAACGAGAUCCUCCAUGACAGACAGAUCAUCGCAGAUGGACCAAACUUCAUCUCCAGACAAUCUCAGUUUAAGUUGACGGUGAGAUGCUUCUACCCCCUGAGCGGAGUCAACAGACUGUCUGUGGACAGGAUCUUCAGGCCAGAGACUCCUGGAUUCGGUUCAGUCAAAGUUUUCGAGAGUGUUAAAGCAGAUUCCUCAAAUAAACUUCCUGUCCGAGACUGUUUGAAUCAGGUUGCUGGUAACCCGUCAGACCAGAUCCACCAAACCCACCAGACCCCAGCGGCAGGGGGAGUCCUGCCCUGGCCCAAACCUGGUCCCGCCCACUUCACCACAGUACCGGGACACAACAUGCUCCUCUACUCCUCCCACACAAGUUUCAAUCCUCUUCCUGAGGAUCAAACCUUUGAAAACCAGCAAGUUUCAUCUGCUCCUGGUCCUCUCGUGUCCCAGAAACAGGAUCAACAUGUAUUCAUCCCUGUGGUUCAGUUCAAUCAAGACCUGCAGAGUCUUAAAGCAGAUCCUUCUCCUGGCAUGCAAGAACUGACCCAGCAACAUGAGGCCAGUCUGGAUUUGAACAUCUACAGGUCCUCAGGUGGGGCCAGCACCGAAGAGAUACCCGGAUACCCGUCACCUCAAAGUCGGAAUGAUCUUCCAGUCCUUCAAACACCAGCUCACCACAGCCCACACCUCCUCGUCCCUGCUAAUACCAAAGGCCUCGUGUCCAAAACUGUGUCCAACCCAGCCGGAGACAUGCAGGUACAGACAUCCGCUGCAACCAGCCAAGUUGACCAAAACCUGGACAGACCAGGUGGCAUUGAAAGGAGGAACCUUGAGACGGUUCAGUCCAGGGUGCAGAACAUCAGAGUCAAACCUCUGAGCACAUUAGUUUCUUCUGGACAUCAGCUCAUCCAGAAACCUGUUAUCCAACAAGUAAAUUUCCAAAUCCCUGAUCCCUCCCAGUAUGCCAGUGGUCCGACAGUCAGCAGCGAUGAGAACCACUCAACAUCCCGACAGCUUCCUGAACACAGAGGUUCAAACAGAAGAGAGGAACAUGAGCCUGAGAGAACACGUUUCUCCACGCUGAAGCAGGAACAAGGUGUUCAACCACUCCACCUGAACCCAAACCAGCCACAACACCAGCAGAAACCGGUCCACCUGAACCCAAACCAGCCAGAACACCAGCAGAAACCAGUCCACCUGAACCCAAACCAGCCACAACACCAGCAGAAACCAGUCCACCUGAACCCAAACCAGCCACAACACCAGCAGAAACUGGUCCACCUGAACCCAAACCAGCCACAACACCAGCAGAAACCGGUCCACCUGAACCCAAACCAGCCACAACACCAGCAGAAACCGGUCCACCUGAACCCAAACCAGCCACAACACCAGCAGAAACUGGUCCACCUGAACCCAAACCAGCCACAACACCAGCAGAAACCGGUCCACCUGAACCCAAACCAGCAACAACACCAGCAGAAACUGGUCCACCUGAACCCAAACCAGCCACAACACCAGCAGAAACCGGUCCACCUGAACCCAAACCAGCCACAACACCAGCAGAAACCGGUCCAAUCAGUGACUGGGACAGGAGAUGGUGUAGGCGCAUCUCAUAUCAGGAUCAGACCUGUUCCCAGUCUUCCAGGAAGACUCCAAACACGUGAUGAACCCAAACUGCAAAACCUCCAGAAACCCGCCAGUCCAGAAACCAGCAGGACGUGGUACCGCCGCAUCACGCCACAGAACAACCCCAACACUCCUGUCAACUAUCCCGAGGGUAACCAGGACCUGGAUCCCACUGCAAGGGGGACUGGGCUCUCUAGUUCCCACACAGGUCCUAAUGGUUCUGCUGGUUCAGGAUCAGACCUGAAGAUCCACAGCAGGUCUGAGUGUAGCGGUCAGUAUGGAGCCAGUGUUCACCACGGCAUCAUCAGAGGUCAACAACAGAUCAGCUGAUGAAGAAAAGAAACAGACUCUGCAGAAUCUGAUUCAAUAAAGCUUCUGUUUGUUCAUUCA